CACGCGGAAAAACUUCUCUUCCUUUUGCAAACCACACAAACACCAAGACGCAGGAUAUAGACCUCUUUGCGUUCUUUACGACCUCCAACUUUCUUCAGCUUUUUUUUAUCUUAAAAAAACAAACCUCCCCAAGUCAAUACAAUGGCUCCCGUCACCAAGAAGUCUGGCAAGGCCCAGAAGCAGACCAAGAAGUUCAUCAUCAACGCUUCUCAGCCCGCCUCCGACAAGAUUUUCGAUGUCUCUGCCUUCGAGAAGUUCCUCCAGGACCGCAUCAAGGUUGAGGGCCGCACCAACAACCUCGGCGACGACGUCAUCAUCCAGCAGCAGGGUGAGGGCAAGAUCGAGGUCAUUGCCCACAACGACCUCUCCGGCCGCUACCUCAAGUACUUGACCAAGAAGUUCCUCAAGAAGCAGCAGCUCCGUGACUGGCUCCGCGUCGUUUCCACCUCCCGCGGUGUUUACGAGCUCAAGUUCUUCAACGUCGUCAACGACGAUGCUGAUGAGGAUGACGAGUAAAUUUCUUCUUCUGUCUGAAGAAGAACGGUUGCAAUAUACCACUAAAAAUGGGGAUCAGGAGGAUGCUUUUUUUUUCUCGAGGGAGAGGGGCACCAGGUCUUUUGUUUUUAUUUGAUGCAUAUUAGUUCAUGUCCCGCAGUACGCUGCGGGAAGGCUUGCGAGGAAUUCAGUUUCGCUUGCACGCUGGGUUUAUAUAGAUUUUAGAUGCCCUACAGACUAAUGGAUCUGACAUGUUUCUCCUUCUCG